GAGUCUCGUUCCUAUGACAACCGCGCCAGGUCCAAGCGCAGACGGCGGGUGGCAAGGGUCAAAACAGAUUCUCAAAGUUGAAGCCCUCGAACUGUUCAGUCCGCGCCUUUGGUGCGCCGGGCCUUUAAGUAUCACGUGACUGCCCGCCGGCUUGUCCCUCCUCUUUCCCCUCCCCAGGACCCGGCGAGCGCUGGUGUGGAGCGGAGGCUCUCGGGCCCGCGGAGUAACUGGAGCACAGACGCUGCCGCCGGUUAGGACGGUGCCCUUUCCAGCUCUGGAAAGGAAGAGAAAUGGAAGUGAAAAAGUUGAGCAUUUCCUGGCAGUUCUUGAUAGUUCUGGUUCUGAUCCUGCAAAUUCUGUCUGCGUUGGAUUUUGACCCAUACAGAGUCCUAGGGGUCAGCCGAACAGCCAGUCAGGCUGAUAUUAAAAAGGCUUAUAAGAAGCUCGCCCGGGAAUGGCAUCCUGACAAAAACAAAGAUCCUGGAGCAGAAGACAAGUUCAUUCAAAUUAGCAAGGCUUACGAGAUUCUUUCCAAUGAAGAAAAGAGAUCACAUUAUGAUCACUAUGGAGAUGCCGGGGAGAACCAGGGCCACCAGAAGCAGCAACGAGAGUAUCGCUUCCGCCAUUUCCAUGAGAAUUUUUAUUUUGAUGAACCAUUUUUUCACUUCCCUUUUAAUUCUGAACGGCGAGACUCAAUUGAUGAAAAGUAUUUAUUGCACUUUUCACAUUAUGUGAACGAAGUGGUUCCAGAUAGCUUCAAGAAACCCUACCUCAUUAAGAUCACCUCAGAUUGGUGCUUUAGCUGUAUCCAUAUUGAGCCUGUUUGGAAGGAAGUAGUUCAAGAACUGGAAGGGUUGGGCGUAGGAAUUGGCGUGGUCCACGCUGGCUACGAGAGACGCCUGGCCCAUCACCUGGGAGCACACAGCACACCAGCUAUCCUAGGAAUCAUAAAUGGGAAAAUCUCCUUCUUCCAUAAUGCAGUUGUCCGUGAGAACCUGCGACAGUUUGUAGAGAGUCUUCUUCCAGGGAACUUGGUGGAGAAAGUUACAAAUAAAAAUUAUGUCAGAUUCCUCUCUGGCUGGCAGCAAGAGAAUAAACCGCAUGUCCUUCUGUUUGACCAAAUGCCCGUUGUACCACUGCUCUACAAGUUGACUGCGUUCGCAUAUAAAGAUUAUUUGUCAUUUGGAUACGUGUAUGUUGGUUUGAGAGGGGCGGAAGAGAUGACGAGGCAAUACAACGUCAAUGUCUAUGCCCCCACCAUCCUGAUCUUUAAAGAACACAUACACAAGCCUGCAGAUGUUAUCCAGGCCCGAGGUAUGAAGAAACAGGUCAUUGAUGACUUUAUCACCCAAAACAAGUAUCUGUUGGCAGCCAGGCUCACCAGCCAGAAGUUGUUCCAUGAACUCUGCCCUGUGAAACGGUCUCUCCGACAGAGGAAGUACUGUGUGGUUUUACUGACCGCUGAGGCUACCAAGUUGAGUAAACCCUUCGAGGCUUUCCUGUCCUUUGCUCUGGCAAACACGCAGGACACGGUGAGGUUCGUGCACGUCUACAGCGAUCGGCAGCAGGAGUUUGCCAACACCUUACUGCCAGACAGCGACGCGUUUCAAGGAAAAUCAGCGGUGUCUAUCUUAGAAAGGCGCAACACAGCAGGGAGGGUGGUGUAUAAGACCCUGGAGGAUCCCUGGACCGGGAGUGAGAGCGAUAAAUUCAUCCUUUUGGGUUAUCUUGACCAACUGCGGAAAGACCCAGCUCUUCUGUCCUCGGAAGCUGUGCUCCCCGACUUGGCCGAUGAACUUGCCCCUAUUUUUCUCCUUCGGUGGCUCUAUUCUGCUUCUGACUACAUCUCAGACUCUUGGGACAGCAUAUUUCACAGCAACUGGCGGGAAAUGAUGCCCCUUCUGUCCCUGGUCUUCUCUGCCCUCUUCAUCCUCUUCGGCACUGUCAUCAUUCAGGCUUUCAGUGACUCAAAUGAGGAGCGAGAGUCAAGCCCUCCAGACAAAGAGGAAGCCCACGAGAAGACCGGGAAGACAGAGCCAAGCUUCACCAAGGAGCCCAGCAGCAAGAUUCCUAAAAAAGGCUUUGUGGAGGUGACCGAACUCACAGAUGUAACGUACACCAGUAACUUGGUACGCCUGAGGCCAGGCCACAUCAACGUGGUCCUCAUCCUGUCAAAUUCCACCAAGACCAGCCUGCUGCAGAAAUUCGCUUUGGAGGUCUACACGUUCACUGGGAGCAGCUGCCUGCACUUUUCCUUCCUGAGUCUAGAUAAACACAGAGAAUGGCUGGAAUACUUACUAGAAUUUGCUCAAGAUGUGGCCCCGAUCCCAAACCAAUACGACAAGCAUUUCAUGGAACGUGACUACACGGGCUAUGUACUGGCUCUGAAUGGCCACAAGAAAUACUUCUGCCUCUUCAAGCCCCAAAAAACAGUCGAAGAGGAGGAAGCCAUGGGGUCGUGCAGUGACCUGGACUCUUCCCUCCAUCUGGGUGAAUCUCGAGGGAAAUCUUCUUCUGGCCUUGGAUCCAGGCCCAUCAAAGGAAAAUUGAGCAAGCUGUCCUUAUGGAUGGAACGGCUGCUGGAAGGCUCCUUACAGAGGUUUUAUAUCCCGUCAUGGCCUGAACUAGACUGAGAAUUUCAAAAAGAGGCUCGAACUCUUCAGACUUUUUAACAGGCCCCUGUGAACAGGUAUUUUCAGGACUCAAACUAUCACAAUGGACAGAGUAUAGAUUUUAGAUUAUUCUUCCAGAACAGUGGCUAGAAGAAUCUUUCCUUUGUCCUGUUCUAACCUAGGAGUGAAAAACACCACAUGAAUUCCGCAGAUCAGAAUACUUUCCUUUGGGUCUUUUUUCCUCAUUUGAAUGCCACACUAUUGAAAAUAGACUGCUCAUUCCCUCUUCCUUUGUCGCCCCGCCCCGUGCUCGCCCCCCCUCCCCUGUCCUGUCUCUGUGCUGUUGGAGAAGCACAGGGCUGGACCCUGCAGCAGAGCCUGGGGGGACCUCGCGAGCCUGGUGUGCUGGUCGGGCCAUCUGCCCCCUGCCCGCCUCGGCCGUGCUUCUGCCGCGGUGCAUGCUGUAACGGUGGGACAACCCACCGCAGCUUCUGGGCCCUGUGUCUCAAAAGAGGCCUAGUUCCAAGCGAUCUUACAUUAAUGGUUUUUUUGGUAGUAAAUGGCUAAAAGUAUAUUUGGGGGGUAUCCUCCUACAACAGCUUGUCAGCCACGGUUUUAAAAGGUUAGGAAUGAGUGGGGUUUCUGCACGUAUGUUUGGUUUUCUUCCCAAGACAAGAGAAGGGAGGGCUGGGCAGUGCCUGAGUGAUGCCUUCGUGAGCAUCCCAUCAGCCCCCUCCCGAACACUAAAGGUAGCCGGCGAGGGAUCCGCGUGGCAAGAAGUACUGUAAUGACCUUGAGCCAUUUACCUGUAUGUUUUCAGAUGCCUUUCUGCCUCUGUCAGUUGUAGGGUAUGGAUAUUAGGAGCCAUAACUUGUAAUCUUGCUCUCUGAACGUAGAGAUAAGCUGCUAUAAGCCAGUAGAUGUUAAACUGAAGACACGUUAUUCCUGCCGUGAGUCAGGCUCAAGGAACCUCUUCCCUACAGUGAUGUCUCUUUAGUAAAAUAUCAGACAUAUCUUUGUAUCAAGGAACUUAAAAUUUCUCAGCAAUUGUAUUUUGAAUACUGUUACCCCAAAAGUGCUGUAUCUUCAAGUCCUCUUUGGUGACAAGUGAGCCAAGACACGAUCUAGACUCCUGUUUUGCUCACUUUGAUGUCUCAUCUUAAUUGUUUUCACUCUUAAGUUACAACUGCUUCACCAGUAACAGGGUCAGACCUGUCAUCAGCACCCCAGCUCGCUGAGCUCCAGUGAACGAUGGACCCCAGGCGGGGCCCUACCAGCCAGUUAGAGAGCUUACCUUUUCUUUUUAGAGCACAACACCAGUGGAGUUUGGACAACCUCAGAGAGUUCAAAUGUCAAAACAACUUGCCUUUUUGUAAAGUGAAGGGUCAAAAUCAGUGAUGGGACAAAAUAGGUUAAUAUUUUCUUUAAUCGUAAUUGCUUUAAACUAAGCCAUUUGGAUUGAGCUACAGUGGCAAGUAACAAAUUAUUUGAGCCCAGAAACUCCUAGUUUUCAUGGAAUCUAUAGCUUUAUUUAAAAAAAUAAAUCACUGCCAGGCUUUAUUUUUCCACACGGUCCUCUAAAAGUGGGUGUUUAUUCUGAUUGCCGUAUCUCAUGGCACCUGGCCUAGGUAGAACUGAUCAAGGAGUUCAUUUUUGGCUCUGUGAUGCACCAUGUCCUCAAAAUUAUUUUCUGCAUCUCUUAUGGCCAAGUUGCUUAUAUGAGUAGUGUUUUGGUUCAGUGGUAGGUUUUUAUUUUUUUAAUUUCUGGUACUAAUGGGAUUCCUGACCUUAAUUUCUGAAAACCAAAAACACCCCAGAUUCGUUCACUUUAAAAAAUUGUAUCAUUAAAAUAAAAAGCACCUUCAGACAGCUGCACCUUUCAUUUGUAUAAAGAAAGGAAAGUGAUAAUGGUGAAAACGUUCCUAGGAAAUAUUUCAAUCCAAAAACGUCAUCUACAGAUCCGUUUGGGGGCUGGUAGCUAUGUCCCCCAAGAGGAAACUGGGAAGCUUUUAAACUGACCUUUACCCUUGACCACCCAAGCCUUUCCUCCUGAAUGUCAUUUCCAUGAAUUUGUUUACUUUUGUGUCAAAUGUAUGAGCCACUGUCCUGGACAGCCAAUGCUACCAUUUCUCUUACAUAUGUAAUCACACAGACCCAAUUUUGGCUUUAAGUUAACUUCCUAGUCUUCGAGUAUCUUGAAACUGACAACGUUGAUGUUUUCAGAGGUGGGUUUUUCUGAUUGAUACAGACUAUGCAUCGUGUUGAGCAGAUGGGGACAACUGGCCUAAAACAAGCCUUUGUAGAUAUACGCACCCAUUUAAAAAAAAAUUUUUUUUAUUAGCCCAGGUGUCGGUGGCACAAUCUGUCUGACACAGAGUUCAUCACCUCCAACUAGGCAACAUUUCAGCGAGCAAGCCUGCCCUAACUCCCAUUAGGCACCACAGUCCUGCUGCCAUCGCUUACUGACCAUGAAAACGUGGUUGUGGUUUCAAAUAAUAGGUUGAUUCCCUCCUUAUUCAGUACAUAAAUGUUUUCCUGCUAUAAAAAGAAGUGGGAUCUGAAUGUGUUUUAAGUGAUUUGCAUUGUUUGGGGAAAGGGAUUAGGAGCAAACACUCAAACGUUUUUUUCUAAGUAAAAUUCUUGAAAAGCUGAUGCAAAACAUUCUUUACAGCUGAAACGUUGGUCACGUCCAAAUACCUGACAUUGUCCCUUGAAACAAACGCAGCGUGUCUGCUGCCGAAUCUGUUCAGUUUGUCAAGGAGGCUGAUGAUACUUUCGAGACAGACCUGAAAAGAAGGUGAAUAUUUUGCACUUUUGAUACUCUUAGGAACAAAUAACUUAUUUGGCAAAUGGUGUCUUUUUUAUGUUGUUUUUGUUUUGUAUUGUGAACAGGCACUGAAGCUGAUGUUAUUUUGUUUUAAGAAUAUUACAGACUGGAAACAGAAAUAAACUAUU